AUGGGAAAUCUGCUGGGCGGUUGGCGUUACAGGGAGCCGAGCACCGUGGAGGAAUGCGACUCGACGUGGGAGUCGGACUCGGAGAGCGACGAGCCGCCGGCCGAAGGUGACAGCGGCGUCUCCGAGUCUGUCAGCCCGGCGGAGACGGGGCGAGGCGGCGCCGACCCGGGCGACACGACGUCCCCGCAGCUGACAGAAUCACCAGAAUUUGCACCGAAGAUGAAAAGGAGUUUCUAUGCUGCCAGGGACCUCUACAAAUACCGUCACAGCUACCCGAACUACAAGCAGUCUCGGCAGUCCAAUGAAUACCGGAACCUGCGGUUCUACCUGAACAAGAUCCCUCUCGUGCCAGAUGGGAUCUUCAUAGAAGAGAUUCUCACCAAGUGGAGAGGAGACUAUGACAAACUGGAGCACAAUCACACCUACAUCCAGUGGCUUUUCCCAUUAAGAGAACAAGGGCUCAACUUCUACGCACAAGAACUGACUCAGGAUGAGAUCAAAGAAUUCCAAAGCAGCCGUGAAGCCAAGAGGAGAUUCCUGGCGGCCUACUCGCUCAUGCUGGACUUUUACGGUAUCAAGCUCCUGGAUAAGAACGGGAACGUCGCCCGAGCUCCAAACUGGCAGGAGCGCUUCCAGCACCUCAAUGAGUCUCAGCACAACUACCUGCGGAUCACGCGGAUCUUGAAGUCUUUGGGGGAGUUGGGCUAUGAGGCCUUCAAGCCUCCGCUGGUCCGGCUGUUUCUGGAGGAGUCGCUGUGCCACGCCACCCUGCCCAACAUGCAGCACAGCGCCCUGGAAUAUUACGUCUACACCGUCCGCUCACCGGCCAGACGCCGACGCCUGCUCCGCUACGCCCGCCAGCACUACCGGCCCGCCCACGCCUUUCUCUGGGGGCCCCCGCCAAAGAGGCGUGGGGUGGGUGGCGGCGGAGGAGGCGCUGGUAGCAGUGGGAUCAGAGCACCAGCACCCACACCAGAGCAGCAUAGGAAGGGCGAGGAGACCGCCAUCGCCACCACUAUGGCCGCUGGGAUUAUCGUGUCGUCACACGGAACCGCGGCCUCGCAUGAUGUGUCCAGUGUAGAGGGGAAGGGCUGCGCUGUGCUCAGCUCCAAGAUUGUCGGUUUGGAGGGCACGUUGAUGAUGGCCGGAGCGAGAGGAGAGAGGAACAACUAUGACAAAAUGUACCCCUUAUAGCAAGCCGGCACACAGCAUAUACCGGGUCAGCAGUUAGGCAUCGUAUGCAUAACAAAGCUAAUAAGAUCUGCCUGGGACCAAGUUCCCCAAAAAUGACGUGAGCCAGUGCUUCUCUGCUGGAUGACUUGGGACCCAAAUCUGGGUUGUUCGGUAAGACUCACCCACCAGAAGACUGACACAAAACAAAGAGUAACUCUGAAAUGUGACAGGGAAGGAACUUGUUGUUCCAUGUGUUUGUCUGCAGUUGAAUAGUUCAGGCUAAGAUUCAAAACCAGUUGAGAACCACUGAUCUACACAAGAUCCGGUCAACAUCUCGACCCCGCUGUUUGUGGUGGAAAACAAACUGAGCAUUAGAUGGUUUUUAUGAAGUCCUGCGCUACUCUUCAGGGUUGCUGCAGAUGACGUAUACGCAAAAUGCUGGACCGACCUGGCCCGAAUUUGUACAAUUACAUGCAAAUGAUGUAGCUAUAAAAGGAGAAAAGGGAUUUGAUUUUUUUUUUAAGAUUAUAAGGAGGAUAUAAGUCAGUGUGAAGACUUAUACAGGGCUCGUAGCACGGGGAGGUGGGUUAGUUUGUCGUAGCAAUACUUUUGAAAACUUCGCGUUUGAGAAUCACUUGAAAUAGGUGUUUGGUAGUUGAU